AUCAUCCCUCUUCGCCAACUAGAGACGAAAGACAAGGAGGCUAACAGCGGCGGCGUCAAUGCCUUCGAUACCUCACCAACAUCAACCAUCCUCGCCAGUCGCCAUGGCAAGUUUCAUGUCAAAAUCUGGGACCUGUUUUCCGGCACACACAUAUCUACCAUCAAGGUCCCCUUUUAUGUGCAGGUCCAAGCACGCUCACGCGAGUUCUUCAUCCGCUCCCACACCAUCCUCUCUGAAACCCUCAACCUCGCUGCCAUCGCUACGAAUUUCGGCCACACCCUCGAGAUCUGGGACUGGGCGAAACACAAAAAGGUCCAAACAAUCACCGAAGCCUACCGCUGGGCCUCUGCCAGAGGUGACAUGUACGAGUCACGGUGGUAUCCGCUGGCCGCCUACCGCGAAGACGAGGAUGCCAUCAAACUCUACCCAGCAGCCCCGGCAUCGUCCUCGAAGAAGCCCUUUGGCAAAGCCCGCACGAUCGAGCUGCGCAGGUCAGGGCUACCGCACACGCCCAAGCUCCCCGAACUGGCAUACUCGGCAACGGGUCCUCUCCUCGUCGCCGCCGCCGGCCCACGACCGCCUCGUCCAGGCGCCCCGCCACCAGCUCACGCCGGGCUGCUCAUGGCAUGGCAGCUCGACAGCAAUACACGGCUCCACGAGCCCUACCGCUACCAUGAGCCACGCAGUCAUCCCGAGCUGGAAAACUCCCUCCCGCUCCUGCUCGCCACGUACGGCAGCUUCUCGGUGUCCAUAUGGGAGGCUGCCAAGUUCCGCACCAUCGGCAAGCCGGGCAUGUGGCAGGUCGAACCCGUCUCAGUGACCCAACGCAUCGUACUGGUCUGGGACUUUGGCGGCGCCCAGGACAAGACUCGCGUGUAUCCUAUCCCAGCCGUGCGUGCGUGCAUCUCUCCCGACUGCAGAUUCGUGGCGUACUGUGACCCUGGCGGCAAAGGGAGCGGUGACGGCGCGCUGGUGGUCCUCGAUGCCAUUAGAGGUGGUAGAGAGCUCUGGCGGCUGGACGGCGUGGGCGGUAAGACAGACGAGGCCAGCUUGCGGGGCGGCGGACUGGAGUUGUUGGCUGCAGAUCUGAGUAAGGUGACCGACCUGUCAUUUUCAGGUGACGGGAACAAAUUGUUCGUGGGAGGUGUGGAUGGUGGAGUUUCUGUGUAUGAGAUACGGGAGGGC